UAGGAAGCAAGAACGGAUGAACAGAAAGUAAGAAAGAAGGAGGAAGCAAGGGAGAGAGGUAGGAAUUAACGAUGAACGAAAGAAAAGAAGGAAGGAAGGAAGGAAAGAAGAAUGUAAGGAAGUUUGGAAAAAACAAAGCUGGAAGGAAGCAAGGAGGAAUGGAAAGAAGGAACAAAGCAAGAAAGGAAGGAAAGUAAGAAAGAAAAUACGUAGGAAGGUUAGGAUGCAAGGAUGGAAGGAAAGUAAGGCGUAAUCAAGGAUAGAAGAAAACAAAGGAAGGAAGCAAGGAAACAAAGAUUGGGAGAAAGGGAAGGAAGGAAGGAAUAUAGGAAGAAAAAAUGGAUGAAUAAAAAGUAAGAAGGAAGGUAAGAAAAAAGAAUAGAAGGAGCAAGCCAGGAAGAGAGGUAGGAAUUAACAAAGGAAGGAAGAGAAGAAGGAAGGAAGGAAGGAAGGAAGGAAGGAAAGAAGAAUGUAAGAAAGUUUGGAAAAAAAACAAAGCUGGAAGGAAGCAAGGAGGAAUGGAAAGAAGGAACAAAGCAAGAAAGGAGGGAAAGUAAGAAAGAAAAUACGUAGGUAGGUUAGGAUGCAAGGAUGGAAGGAAAGUAAGGCGUAAUCAAGGAUAGAAGAAAACAAAGGAAGGAAGCAAGGAAACAAAGAUUGGGAGAAAGGGAAGGAAGGAAGGAAUAUAGGAAGAAAAAAUGGAUGAAUAAAAAGUAAGAAGGAAGGUAAGAAAAAAGAAUAGAAGGAGCAAGCCAGGAAGAGAGGUAGGAAUUAACAAAGGAAGGAAGAGAAGAAGGAAGGAAGGAAGGAAGGAAGGAAGGAAAGAAGAAUGUAAGAAAGUUUGGAAAAAAAACAAAGCUGGAAGGAAGCAAGGAGGAAUGGAAAGAAGGAACACAGCAAGAAAGGAAGGAAAUUAAGAAAGAAAAUAGGAAGCAAGGAAGGAUGUUAGGAUGCAAGGAAGAAAAGAAAGGUGGAAUCAAGGAUAGAAUAAAACAAUGAAGGAAAGAAGGAAUCAAGGAAGGUAGGCUGGGAAAAAGGAAGGAAGGAAGGAAGAAGCAAGGAAGAUAGGUAGGAAUUAACAAUGGAAGGAAGAAAAGAAGGAGGGAAAGAAAGAAGGAAAGAAGAAUGGAAGGAAGGAUAGAAAAAGAAACGCUGGCAGAAAGCAAGGAGGAAUGGAAAGAAGGAACAAAGCAAGAAAGGAAGGAAAGUAAGGCGUAAUCAAGGAUAGAAGGAAACAAAGGAAGGAAGCAAGGAAACAAAGAUUGGGAGAAAGGGAAGUAAGGAAGGAAUAUAGGAAGAAAAAAUGGAUGAAUAAAAAGUAAGAAGGAAGGUAAGAAAGAAGAAUAGAAGGAGCAAGCCAGGAAAAGAGGUAGGAAUUAACGAAGGAAGGAAGAGAAGAAGGAAGGAAGGAAGGAAAGAAGAAUGUAAGAAAGUUUGGGAAAAAAAACAAAGCUGGAAGGAAGCAAGGAGGAAUGGAAAGAAGGAACACAGCAAGAAAGGAAGGAAAUUAAGAAAGAAAAUAGGAAGCAAGGAAGGAUGUUAGGAUGGAAGGAUGGACACAAGGAAGAAAAGAAAGGUGGAAUCAAGGAUAGAAUAAAACAAUGAAGGAAAGAAGGAAUCAAGGAAGGUAGGCUGGGAAAAAGGAAGGAAGGAAGGAAGGAAGAAGCAAGGAAGAUAGGUAGGAAUUAACAAUGGAAGGAAGAAAAGAAGGAGGGAAAGAAAGAAGGAAAGAAGAAUGGAAGGAAGGAUAGAAAAAGAAACGCUGGCAGAAAGCAAGGAGGAAUGGAAAGAAGGAACAAAGCAAGAAAGGAAGGAAAGUAAGAAAGAAAAUAGGUAGGUAGGUUAGGAUGCAAGGAUGGAAGGAAAGUAAGGUGUAAUCAAGGAUAGAAGAAAACAAAGGAAGGAAGCAAGGAAACAAAGAUUGGGAGAAAGGGAAGGAAGGAAGGAAUAUAGGAAGAAAAAACGGAUGAAUAGAAAGUAAGAAGGAAGGUAACAAAGAAGAAUAGAAGGAGGAAGCCAGGAAGAGAGGUAGGAAUUAACGAAGGAAGGAAGGAAGAAAGGAAAGAAAAAUGGAAGGAAAUAUGGAAAAACAAAAGCUGGGAGAAAGCAAGGAGGAAUGGAAAGAAGGCACAAAGCAAGAAAGGAAGGAAAGUAAGAAAAAUAAAGGAAGCAAGGAAGAAAGUUAGGAUGCAAGGAUGGAUGCGAGGAAGGAAAGAAAGGUGGAAUCAAGGAUAGAAGAAAACAAUGAAGGAAGGAAAGAAGGAAGCAAGGCUGGGAAAAAAGGAAGGAAUGUAGGAAGCAAGAACGGAGGGAACAGAAAGUAAGGAGGAAGCAGGUAGGAAUUAACGAUGAAAGGAAGGAAAGAAGGAAGGAAGGAAAGAAGAAUGUAAGGAAGUUUGGAAAAAACUACGCUGGAAGGAAGCAAGGAAGCAAGGAGGAAUGGAAAGAAGGAACACAGCAAGAAAGGAAGGAAAUUAAGAAAGAAAAUAGGAAGCAAGGAAGGAUGUUAGGAUGCAAGGAUGGACGCAAGGAAUAAAAGAAAGGUGGAAACAAGGAUAAAAGAAAACAAUGAAGGAAAGAAGGAAUCAAGGAAGGUAGAAUGGGAAAAAGGAAGGAAGGAAGGAAGAAGCAAGGAAGAUAGGUAGGAAUUAACAAUGGAAGGAAGAAAAGAAGGAGGGAAAGAAAGAAGGAAAGAAGAAUGGAAGGAAGGAUAGAAAAAGAAAAGCUGGCAGAAAGCAAGGAGGAAUGGAAAGAAGGAACAACGCAAGAAAGGAAGGAAAGUAAGAAAGAAAAUAGGUAGGUAGGUUAGGAUGCAAGGAUGGAAGGAAAGUAAGGCGUAAUCAAGGAUAGAAGAAAACAAAGGAAGGAAAUGAAGGAAGCAAGGAAACAAAGAUUGGGAGAAAGGGAAGGAAGGAAGGAAUAUAGGAAGAAAAAACGGAUGAAUAGAAAGUAAGAAGGAAGGUAAGAAAGAAGAAUAGAAGGAGGAAGCCAGGAGGAGAGGUAGGAAUUAACGAAGGAAGGAAGGAAGCAAGGAAAGAAAAAUGGAAGGAAAUAUGGAAAAAGAAAAGCUGGGAGAAAGCAAAGAGGAAUGGAAAGAAGGAACAAAGCAAGAAAGGAAGGAAAGUAAGAAAAAAAGGGAGCAAGGAAGGAAGUUAGGAUGCAAGGAUGGAUGCAAGGAAGGAAAGAAAGGUGGAAUCAAGGAUAGAAGAAAACAAUGAAGGAAGGAAAGAAGGAAGCAAGGCUGGGAAAAAAGGAAAUAAUUUAGGAAGCAAGAAUGGAUGAACAGAAAGUAAGAAAGAAGGAGGAAGCAAGGAAGAGAGGUAGGAAUUAAUGAUGAAAGAAGGAAAGAAGGAAGGAAGGAACUAAGAAUGUAAGGAAGUUUGGAAAAGACAAAGCUGGAAGGAAGCAAGGAGGAAUGGAAAGAAGGAACACAGCAAGAAAGGAAGGAAAUUAAGAAAGAAAAUAGGAAGCAAGGAAGGAUGUUAGGAUGCAAGGAAGAAAAAAUUGGAAUCAAGGAUAGAAGAAAACAGUGAAGGAAGGAAAGAAGGAAGCAAGGCCGGGAAAAAAGGAAGGAAUGUAGGAAGCAAGAACGGAUGAACAGAAAGUAAGAAAGAAGGAGGAAGCAAGGGAGAGAGGUAGGAAUUAACGAUGAACGAAAGAAAAGAAGGAAGGAAGGAAGGAAAGCAGGAAGGAAGGAAGGAAAGAAGAAUGUAAGGAAGUUUGGAAAAAACAAAGCUGGAAGGAAGCAAGGAAGCAAGGAGGAAUGUAAAGAAGGAACAAAGCAAGAGAGGAAGGAAAGUAAGAAAGAAAAUAGGUAGGUAGGUUAGGAUGCAAGGAUGGAAGGAAAGUAAGGUGUAAUCAAGGAUAGAAGAAAACAAAGGAAGGAAGCAAGGAAACAAAGAUUGGGAGAAAGGGAAGGAAGGAAGGAAUAUAGGAAGAAAAAACGGAUGAAUAGAAAGUAAGAAGGAAGGUAAGAAAGAAGAAUAGAAGGAGGAAGCCAGGAUGAGAGGUAGGAAUUAACGAAGGAAGGAAGGAAGAAAGGAAAGAAAAAUGGAAGGAAAUAUGGAAAAAGAAAAGCUGGGAGAAAGCAAGGAAGAAUGAAAAGAAGGAAAACAGCAAGAAAGGAAGGAAAGUAAGAAAAAAAAAGGAAGCAAGGAAGGAAGUUAGGAUGCAAGGAACGAAAGAAAGGGGGAAUCAAGGAUAGAAGAAAACAAUGAAGGAAGGAAAGAAGGAAGCAAGGCUGGGAAAAAAGGAAAGAAUGUAGGAAGCAAGAAUGGAUGAACAGAAAGUAAGGAGGAAGCAAGGAAGAGAGGUAGGAAUUAAUGAUGAAAGAAGGAAGGAAGGAAGGAAGGAACGAAGAAUGUAAGGAAGUUUGGAAAAGACAAAGCUGGAAGGAAGCAAGGAGGAAUGGAAAGAAGGAACACAGCAAGAAAGGAAGGAAAUUAAGAAAGAAAAUAGGAAGCAAGGAAGGAUGUUAGGAUGCAAGGAAGAAAAGAAAAGUGGAAUCAAGGAUAGAAGAAAACAAUGAAGGAAGGAAAGAAGGAAGCAAGGCUGGGAAAAAAGGAAGGAAUCUAGGAAGCAAGAACGGAUGAACAGAGAGUAAGAAAGAAGGAGGAAGCAAGGAAGGGAGGUAGGAAUUAACGAUGAAAGAAAGAAAAGAAGGAAGGAAGGAAGGAAGGAAGGAAAGAAGAAUGUAAGGAAGUUUGGAAAAAACAAAGCUGGAAGGAAGCAAGGAGGAAUGGAAAGAAGGAACAAAGCAAGAAAGGAAGGAAAAGAAGAAAGAAAAUAGGUAGGUAGGUUAGGAUGCAAGGAUGGAAAGAAAGUAAGGCGUAAUCAAGGAUAGAAGAAAACAAAGGAAGGAAGCAAGGAAACAAAGAUUGGGAGAAAGGGAAGGAAGGAAGGAAGGAAUAUAGGAAGAAAAAACGGAUGAAUAGAAAGUAAGAAGGAAGGUAAGAAAGAAGAAUAUAAGGAGGAAGCCAGGAAGAGAGGUAGGAAUUAACAAAGGAAGGAAGAAAAGAAGGAAGGAAGGAAGCAAGGAAAGAAAAAUGGAAGGAAAUAUGGAAAAAGAAAAGCUGGGAAGAAUGGAAAGAAGGAACAAAGCAAGAAAGGAAGGAAAGUACAGUAAGAAAAAAAAGGAAGCAAGGAAGGAAGUUAGGAUGCAAGGAUGGACGCAAAGAAGGAAAGAAAGGUGGAAUCAAUGAUAGAAGAAAACAAUGAAGGAAGGAAAGAAGGAAGCAAGGCUGGGAAAAAAGGAAGGAAUGUAGGAAGCAAGAACGGAUGAACAGAAAGUAAGAAAGAAGGAGGGAGCAAGGAAGAGAGGUAGGAAUUAACGAUGAAAGGAAGAAAAGAAGGAAGGAAGGAAGGAAAGAAGGAAGGAAGGAAGGAAAGAAGAAUGUAAGGAAGUUUGGAAGAAACAAAGCUGGAAGGAAGCAAUGAAGCAAGGAGGAAUGGAAAGAAGGAAAACAGCAAGAAAAGAAGGAAAUUAAGAAAGAAAAUAGGAAGCAAGGAACGAUGUUAGGAUGCAAGGAUGGAGGCAAGGAAAAAAGAAAGGUGGAAUCAAGGAUAGAAGAAAACAAUGAAGGAAGGAAAGAAGGAAGCAAAGCCGGGAAAAAGGGAAGGAAUGUAGGAAGCAGGAACGGAUGAACAGAAAGUAAGAAAGAAGGAGGAAGCAAGGAAGAGAGGUAGGAAUUAACGAUGAAAGGAAGAAAAGAAGGAAAGAGGAAUGUAAGGAAGUUUGGAAAAACAAACCUGGAAGGAAGCAAGGAGGAAUGGAAAGAAGGAACACAGCAAUAAAGGAAGGAAAUUAAGAAAGAAAAUAGGAAGCAAGGAAGGAUGUUAGGAUGCAAGGAUGGAUGCAAGGAAAAAAGAAAGGUGGAAUCAAGGAUAGAAGAAAACAAUGAAAGAAAGAAGGAAUCAAGGAAGGUAGGCUGGGAAAAAGGAAGGAAGGAAGGAAAGAAGGAAGGAAGGAAGAAGCAAGGAAGAUGGGUAGGAAUUAACAAUGGAAGGAAGAAAAGAAGGAAGGAAAGAAAGAAGGAAAGAAGAAUGGAAGGAAGGAUAGAAAAAGAAAAGCUAGCAGAAAGCAAGGAGGAAUGGAAAGAAGGAACAAAGCAAGAAAGAAAAGAAAGUAAGAAAGAAAAUAGGAGGCAAGGAAAGAAGUCAGGAUGCAAGGAAGGUGGAUUUAAGGAUAGAAGAAAACAAUGAAGGAAGGAAAGAAGGAAGCAAGGAGGCAAGGCUGGGAAAAAAGGAAGGAAGGAAGGAAUGUAGGAAGCAAGAACGGAUGAAUAGAAAGUAAGAAGGAAGGAAGAAGCAAGGAAGAGAGUUAGGAAUUAACGAUGGAAGGAAGGAAGAAAGGCAGGAAGGAAGAAGCAAGGAAGAUAGGUAGGAAUUAACGAUGGAAGGAAGAAAAGAAGGAAGGAAAGAAAGAGGGAAAGAAGAAUGGAAGGAAUGAUAGAAAAAAGAAUAGCUGUCAGAAAGCAAUGAGGAAUGGAAAGAAGGAACAAAGCAAGAAAGAAAAGAAAGUAAGAAAGAAAAUAGGAAGCAAGGAAAGAAGUUAGGAUGCAAGGAAGGUGGAUUUAGGGAUAGAAGAAAACAAUGAAGGAAGGAAGCAAGGAGGCAAGGCUGGGAAAAAAGGAAGGUAGGAAUGUAGGAAGCAAGAACGGAUGAACAGAAAUUAAGAAGGAAGGAGGAAGCAAGGAAGAGAGUUAGGAAUUAACAAUGGAAAGAAGAAAGGAAGGAAGGCAGGAAGAAAGGAAGGAAGGAAGAAAGAAUAAAGAAAAGCUAGAGAAAGCAAGGAGGAAUGGAAAGAAGGAACUUAGCAAGAAAGAAAGGAAAGUAAGAAAGAAAAUAGGAAGCCAGGAAGGAAGUUAGGAUGCAAGAAAGGAAAGAAAGGUGGAAUCAAGGAUAGAAGAAAACAAUGAAGGAAUGAAAUAAGGACGCAAGGAAGCAAGGCUGGGAAAAAGGAAAUAAAGAAGAAAGCAAUGAAAGAAGGAAGGAUGUAAAAAAGGAAGGAAGGAAGUUAGGAUGCAAGGAUGGAAAGAAAGGUGGAAUCAAGGGUAGAAGACAACAAUGAAGGAAGUAACGAAAGAAGCAAGGAAGGAAGACUGACAAAAAAAAGGAAGGAAGGAAGGAAUGUAGGAAGCAAGAAUGGAUGAAUAGAAAGUAAGAAGGAAGGAAUGAAGGAAGGAAGGAAGGAAGGAAAGAAGAAUGGAAGGAAGGAUGGAAAAAUAAAAGCUGGAAGAAAGCAAGAAAGCAAGGAGGAAUGGAAAGUAGGAACAUAGCAAGAAAGAAAGGAAAGUAAGAAAGAAAAUAGGAAGCCAGGAAGAAAGUUAGGAUGCAAAGAAGGAAAGAAAGAUGGAAUCAAGGAUAGAAGAAAACAAUGAAGGAAGGAAAGAAGGACACAAGGAAGCAAGGCUGGAAAAAAAGGAAAUAAGGAAGAAAGCAAUGAAAGAAGGACGGAUGUAAAGAGGGAAGGUAAGGAGGUGUGUGGAAGGAAGGAAGGAAGUUAGGAUGCAAGGAUGGAAAGAAAGGUGGAAUCAAGGGUAGAAGACAACAACGAAGGAAGGAAAGAAGGAAGGCUGAUAAAACAAGGAAGGAAGGAAGGAAGGAAUGUAGGAAGCAAGAACAGAUGAAUAGAAAGUAAGAAGGAAGGAAGGAAAGAAGAAUGGAAGGAAGGAUAGAAAGAUAAAAGCUGGAAGAAAGCAAGAAAGCAGGGAGGAAUGGAAAGAGGCAACAAAGCAAUUAAGAAAGGAAAGUAAGAAAGAAAAUAGGAAGCCAGGAAGGAAGUUAGGAUGCAAGGAAGGAAAGAAAGGUGGAAUCAAGGAUAGAAGAAAAUGAAGGAAGGAAAGAAGGAUGCAAGGAAGCAAGGCUGGGAAAAAGGAAAUAAGGAAGAAAGUAAUGAAAGAAGGAAGGAUGUAAAGAAGGAAGAUAAAGAGGUGUGUGGAAGGAAGGAAGGAAGUUAGGAUGCAAGGAUGGAAAGAAAGGUGGAAUUAAGGAUAGAAGAAAACAAUGAAGGAAGGAAAGAAGGACGCGAGGAAGGAAGGCUGACAAAAAAGGAAGGAAGGAAGGAAGGAAGGAAUGUAGGAAGCAAGAAUGAAUGAAUAGAAAGUAAGAAGGAAGGACGGAAGGAAGGAAGGAAUUAAUGAUGGAAGGAAGAAAAGAAGGAAAGAUGGAAAAAGAAAAGCUGGAAGGAAGCAAGGAGGAAUGGAAAGAAGGAACAAACCAAGAAAAGAAAGGAAAAUAAGAAAGAAAAUAGGAAUCAAGGAAGGAUGUUAGGAUGCAAUGACGGACGCAAGGAAGGAAAGAAAGGUGGAAUCAAGGAUAGAAGAAAACAAUGAAGGAAAGAGGGAAUCAAGGAAGGUAGGCUGGGAAAAAGGAAGGAAGGAAGAAAGCAAUGAAGGAAGGAAGGAAGGAAGGAAGGAAGGAAGAAAGAAAUGAAGGAAGGAAGGAAGGAAGGAAGGUAGAAAGGAAGGAAGGAAGAAAGAAAUGAAGGAAGGAAGGAAGGAAGGAAGGUAGAAAGGAAGGAAGGAAGGUAAGAAGGAAGGAAGGUGUGUAACAUGCAUUAGUUAGUUUCUUCUUCAUCAGUGAUGUCAUCAUGAAGAAGAAGAUUGCAGUCACAUGACCUCCAUGAGGUGAGUGUGAGAAAGUAAUGACAUGCAAUAUUCAGCAACAACACAAACAUACACAAUAUCAGUGUGUUGUUGUUGUUGUUGUUGUUGUUGUUGUUGUUCCUCACCUUCAGCUUGUGUUCGUGCUCGUUGUUGACGCGCCCCAGCAGCUGCGCCUUCCGCCGGUUGAGAGCGUCGAUGAGGGCGUCGCACUGCGCCACCAGACAGGCCUCGAACUCCACGCCGUUCUCCUGCAAGAUCCACAACACCCAUGAUGCUUUGUGUGGAAGUGCGGGGGCGUGCGACACGGCGCCGCUCGCACCUGGAUGUGCUGCACCGUGUUCCUCAGCUCCACCAGGAACUCCUUGGCCUCGCUGGCUCGAUCGGAGAGUCCGUUGAGCGCCUGGGACAGCUGACCCUGGAGGAGAGACAACGUGUUAGACCUUGGACCUGGGAAACAAACCACCACAACAUCUGUGUCCUGGCUACUCAGCACAACAUGGGUGACCAGGUGACCUACUCAGUGGCCCAGUGGGUAGAGUGUCCGCCCUGGGAUGGGUAAGUCGUGAGUUCAAACCCGGUAUUUUGUGGGUUUGGCACUGAAUGGAGAUGUGGACAUGCGGAGUAAGUACUCUUCAUUCUCUAGCGGGUGACUUUUCAAAUGAUGCUACAUAUUAGCAGUCAUGCUACUUUUUGUAGCAACGUGACGAAUUACGGUUGUCUGUUCGACAUAUUUAAGGCUGCCAUGGAUGAAGUGCUGGCUGUCCAGGGUCGGGACCCGGGGUGGACCACAUGCCGGUGCGUCAGUUGGGGACAUCUCUGCACUGAUGACCUGUCUCCACUCAGGAUGGUCUCCUGUUGGCCCCACUAUGGACUGGACUUUCACUAUUGUGUUGGAUCCACUAUGGACUGGACUCUCACUAUUAUGUUGGAUCCACUAUGGACUUAUGCUGGACUCUCACACUUAUGUUAGAUCCACUAUGGACUGGACUCUCACUAUUAUGUUAGAUCCACUAUGGACUGGACUCUCACUAUUAUGUUAGAUCCACUAUGGACUGGACUCUCACUAUUAUGUUAGAUCCACUAUGGACUGGACUCUCACUAUUGUGUUAGAUCCACUAUGGACUGGACUCUCACUAUUAUAUUAGAUCCACUAUGGACUGGACUCUCACUAUUAUGUUAGAUCCACUAUGGACUGGACUCUCACUAUUAUGUUAGAUCCACUAUGGACUGGACUCUCACUAUUAUGUUAGAUCCACUAUGGACUGGACUCUCACUAUUAUGUUAGAUCCACUAUGGACUGGACUCUCACUAUUAUGUUAGAUCCACUAUGGACUGGACUUUCACUAUUCUGUUAGAUCCACUAUGGACUGGACUUUCACUAUUAUGUUGGAUCCACUAUGGACUGGACUCUCACUAUUAUGUUAGAUCCACUAUGGACUGGACUCUCACUAUUAUUUUAGAUCCACUAUGGACUGGACUCUCACUAUUAUGUUAGAUCCACUAUGGACUGGACUCUCACUAUUAUGUUAGAUCCACUAUGGACUGGACUCUCACUCUUAUGUUAGAUCCACUAUGGACUGGACUUUCACUAUUCUGUUAGAUCCACUAUGGACUGGACUUUCACUAUUAUGUUAGAUCCACUAUGGACUGGACUUUCACUAUUCUGUUAGAUCCACUAUGGACUGGACUUUCACUAUUAUGUUAGAUCCACUAUGGACUGGACUCUCACUAUUAUGUUAGAUCCACUAUGGACUGGACUCUCACUAUUAUUUUAGAUCCACUAUGGACUGGACUCUCACUCUUAUGUUAGAUCCACUAUGGACUGGACUCUCACUAUUAUGUUAGAUCCACUAUGGACUGGACUCUCACUAUUAUGUUAAAUCCACUAUGGACUGGACUCUCACUAUUAUGUUAGAUCCACUAUGGACUGGACUCUUAUUAUUAUGUUAGAUCCACUAUGGACUGGACUCACACUAUUAUGUUAGAUCCACUAUGGACUGGACUCUCACUAUUAUGUUAGAUCCACUAUGGACUGGACUCUCACUAUUAUGUUAGAUCCACUAUGGACUUGACUCUCACUAUUAUGUUAGAUCCACUAUGGACUGGACUCUCACUAUUAUAUUAGAUCCACUAUGGACUGGACUCUCACACUAUUAUGUUAGAUUCACUAUGGACUGGACUCUCACUAUUAUGUUAGAUCCACUAUGGACUGGACUCUCACAAUAUUAUGGUUAUGACAUAAUUAAAGUCUGUUAGUGUGUAAAGUUUAAAACUAAAGACAUCCAGUCACAGGAAUUUAGUGAAAGUCUUUUAAAAUGUGAGUCUUGGGCAAACAAUAAAAGUUGACGUUUCAGACUUUGCUCAGCUGUCGCCUUCCACGCUGCCGUCUGUGGAAUACCAGCGGCAGCUGUCAUGCUGCUCCCAAACGUCGGAAGUCAAAGGUGAACCCCUCACGGACACUAGGCAAGACCAUUUGAGUGGCGAAUAUGGCACACGAGAGACAAGACGAUACAAAAUGGCACAGGAGAGACAAGACGAUACCGUGUGGCACACAGGAGACAGGACGAUACAAUAUGAUACACGAGAGACAAGACGAUACAAUAUGGCACACGAGAGACAAGACGAUACCGUAUGGCACAGGAGAGACAAGACGAUACAGUAUGGCACACGAGAGACAAGACGAUACAAUAUGGCACACAAGAGACAAGACGAUACAGUAUGGCACACGAGAGACAAGACGAUACAGUAUGGCACACGAGAGACAAGACGAUACCAAAUGGCACAGGAGAGACAAGACGAUACCGUAUGGCACACAGGAGACAGGACGAUACAAUAUGAUACACGAGAGACAAGACGAUACAAUAUGGCACACGAGAGACAAGACGAUACCGUAUGGUACACGAGAGACAAGACGAUACAAUAUGGCACACGAGAGACAAGACGAUACAAUAUGGCACACGAGAGACAAGACGAUACAGUAUGGCGCACGAGAGACAAGACGAUACAAAAUGGCACAGGAGAGACAAGACGAUACCGUAUGGCACACAGGAGACAGGACGACACAAUAUGAUACACGAGAGACAAGACGAUACAAUAUGGCACACGAGAGACAAGACGAUACCGUAUGGCACACGAGAGACAAGACGAUACAAUAUGGCACACGAGAGGCAAGACGAUACAAUAUGGCACACGAGAGACAAGACGAUACCGUAUGGCACACGAGAGACAAGACGAUACAGUAUGGCACACGAGAGACAAGACGAUACAAAAUGGCACAGGAGAGACAAGACGAUACCGUAUGGCACACAGGAGACAGGACUAUACAAUAUGAUACACGAGAGACAAGACGAUACAAUAUGGCACACGAGAGACAAGACGAUACCGUAUGGCACACGAGAGACAAGACGAUACCGUAUGGCACACGAGAGACAAGACGAUACCGUAUGGCACACGAGAGACAAGACGAUACAAUAUGGCACACGAGAGGCAAGACGAUACAAUAUGGCACAGGAGAGACAAGACGAUACAAUAUGGCACACGAGAGACAAGAGGAUACAAUAUAGCACACGAGAGACAAGACGAUACAGUAUGGCACACGAGAGACAAGGCGAUACAAAAUGUCACAGGAGAGACAAGACGAUAAAAUAUGGCACACGAGAGACAAGGCGAUACAAAAUGUCACACGAGAGACAAGACGAUACAAUAUGGCACACGAGAGACAAGACGAUACAAUAUCAUUCUGUUGUAUCAUUGUUUAUACAUUGUGUGUUAACAGAAAACUUUUUAGUAUCAAACCCUUAAUGAGGAAGCUGGGAAGCACACGGACAAGAGCGGGAACAAUGAAGCUAAGCGAGUGGAAUAUUAUUAUUGCACAGUUUAAUAUAUGUAUAUUAUAUUUAUAUUACUCUCAUGUGAUAAUGCUGUAUAAUAGACUGUAUGUAUAUUAUUCACAUGUAAAUAAUGCUGUAUAAUAGACUGUAUGUAUAUUAUUCACAUGUGAAUAAUGCUGUAUAAUAGACUUUAUUUAUAUUAUUCACAUGUAAAUAAUGCUGUAUAACAGACUUUAUUUAUAUUAUUCACAUGUGAAUAAUGCUGUA